UAAGAAUAAAAAAAAAAAUUAAGUACAUAGAAAUAAGGCAUAAAAAAUCUAAUUACUCAGUAGACUAUUUAAAAUCAUAAAUUAAGUAAAAUAAUUAUUAAACUAAUAAAUAACUAUUGCGCCAAAAUUAAAUCAGUAGCUUAAUAACUUGAACUACCAACAAAAAAAUUGAAAAACCGUGGGUGUGGUAUAACCAACAAAAAUAAACCAUUAACAUUUAUUUAAACAUGUGGUUUAUUAGACAAAUCAGUACAAAUAAUUAAAUCAAGACCCACUGAAUCAUAAAUAAUAUUAACCCGUAUGUAUAAAUCUAGUGCUGGGUCAGUCGCUGAAAUUAAAAAUUUAUUUACAUGAUUUCAUAGCAAUUAAAACAUAAUGGACGAUAUAUUACUGUAUGAUUCGACGAUUUGUCGUUUGUGUGCUGAAAAUAAUACCAAUGGAGUUAAUUUGUUCACAGACAAUAGCGAAUAUCCUGAUUUGAGCUCACUUAUCAACCGUUAUUUACCUUUGAAGGUAAGAAACGAUGGAAAAUUACCAACGACCAUUUGUCCAGGUUGUAACAUACAACUGGAAUCCACGAUGCAGUUUUUUGAUUUAUUGGUUGAAGGGCAAAAAAAAUUACGAGAUUUAUUGAAACAAGAAAAUGAAUUAUUAAAAAAAAAUGAUAGAUUGAAAAUGAGUCAGGGUGAUAAUCAGUUGGAGCAAUUGAAUCCUGAUACGAUGGAGCUGGUUAACUACGAACAAAAAAAUGAUGAAAAUUAUGGGCAGCAAAUUAUCAUCAAUAUAUUACCGGACGGCUCAAUGUAUGCAGCGGAGCAUGAUAUGAGUUUACAAAUGGAAGGUUUAGAAAAACCGCGACGAAAGCGCGGUCGCCCGCCGAAAAACCACACGGAAGAUUUAAAAGACGAGGAAGUUUUGGAAACGAGUCAAGAAGACGAAGACAAACAGGAUGACGAUGAUGAAUUGGACGGUGACGGUCGACGGAGACGCAAGCGCAAGAUUCCUAAACGUUUCUCUGAAGUAGUUCGAGGAAAAGAGUUGGAGAGAAUGUUUAAGGAAGAAGGAGUCAUUGAUGACGAAGACGACACCGGGGAACGUGAGCUAGAUGACAAAGGAGACAAGCACAUGCCGCUUCCAGACGGCAACGAAGAGGUGAUAGGACACCUGGAGUCCCAAGACGGCGAAGAUCUCGGCGAGCUGAUCAUCAUGAAUCGUGGCCGCGGUCGUGGGCGACCGAAGUCGCGCCACAAAAAAGCUAAAUACGUCUGCAAUACCUGCGGUCGCGGAUUCCAGCAGCGUCACCGCUACAUAAUCCACAAGAGCAGUCACUUGAACGAUAAAUUCGAGUGUCUUAAGUGCAACAAACAGUUUACGAUACUGGAUAAUUUUAUUUUGCAUCAAAAGAAUGAAGGCCAUUCUGGUAAAAAAGUUAUUAAAAAUAAUUGUACCAACGUCGAAUUCUUACAGGAUUUAACGGAUAUGAUUGACGAUAAUGACAUCAACGACUCAACUGAUGCGCUGGAGUCCCUAGAUGAUAAGCAGGAUUCAAAAGUACAAACUCUAAAUGAAGAUAUUAAUGGAGAUAAUGUUAAUGAUGAUAAUGAUAAUGAUAAUUAUAAUGACAAUGAUAAUAGUAAUGUUAAUGGUACUGGUACUGGUGAUGAUGAUGAUGAAGUUGAUGGUGAUGACGAUGAUGAGUUCAAAGAGAAUUCCGAGAUAAAAGAGUACGUGUGCGAUGACUGCGAAGAGCUCUUUACAACCCAGGACACUUUAGAAGCUCACAUAAAAGAAUUUCAUAAUGUGGACAAUCCGUUCGUGUGCAACGUGUGCGAAAAAACUUUUGCGACUGAAGAAAACCUAAAAGUCCACGUCUCGACGCACGACAUUACCAUAAAAAAAAAAACGAACAAAGCGUGCGUGUGUGAUAUCUGCGGCAAGGUAUUGAAUCAUCCUAGCUCGGUGGUCUAUCACAAAGAAGCUGAGCACAAUAACGGCCGUAAGUUUGUUUGCAACAAAUGCGGUAAGAAUUUCAAACACAAGCAACUGCUCCAGCGGCACCAGCUCACCCACUCGCAGGCACGGCCGUAUGUUUGCAAAUUGUGUGAAGCGAGUUUCAAAACCAAAGCAAAUUUGAUAAAUCAUCAGUCGACGCACACCGGGGAGAAAAAGUAUCGCUGCAAUCAGUGCAAUCGUCAGUUUGCUCACAAAACGAGUUUGACUUUGCACUACCGCUGGCACAAUGGAGAGAAACCUUACAGGUGUAAUAUUUGCCACAAAGAUUUUUCACAGAAUGGUAAUUUGCAGGAACACAUGCGUAUACACACUGGAGUAAAGCCGUACGAGUGUGAGGUAUGCACGCGUAAAUUUACGACGUCCUCGCAGUUCAAGUUGCACCAAAAACGACACACUGGUGAGCGACCCUGGAAGUGUGAGUACUGCGGUAAAACAUAUUUGCAUAAAGAUACCUGGAAAACUCAUGUACGCAGGCACAACGAUGAUCGUCCGUUUCAGUGUACACAUUGCCCCCAAUCAUUCACUGAACAAUGGGCAUUGAAAAAACACAUGCGCACACAUACCGGCGAAAAACCUUACCAGUGUAAUAUUUGCGAUAAACGUUUCGCUGAUUGUUCAAAUCUGACAAAACACAGACGCACUCAUAGAGAGCAUAAAAUUAUGAAUAUCAAUGAUAUUAAAGCCGGGGUGUCUGGAGUUAUCGCAACUCCCGCUGGAGCUGAUGGAACCACUGGCGUUGUAGCUGGCGCGGGACCUGGAGAAUUGUGGCAGAUAUUCCCGAGCCAGGAAGCUGAUGAUUCGCUUGAACUCCAGCGAGUCAUCACGGACGAGGGAUCUGAAGAGGGUACGCAAGUUAUUUAUGUGUCUUACCAGGAUCCAAAUGACCCGAGUCAAUCGAGAACGCUGCACUUUGGCAUGAUCGAGGACAAGGAGGCCGCUGACGCUCAAGUGCUCCCUACGCUCAAUGUCGAGGAACAGAUUAUCAGUAAGCCUGACGAUGCGCAGGUAGAGAUUGAUCUGUCUGAUCAGAAUCUCCAGCUGCAGAUAACUGACAGCGCUGGGAAUCCCAUUCCCCUGUCGAUACAAGACGCGAGACAGCUGCUGGCUCGCGGUGAGUUCGUCAGUCAGUUAAACGACGGGCAGACUAUCCGCGUGCACUCGGGUGUCGUCGCUGACGAACUCGCUGAGCAACUGGGAGUUCAUAUGCAACAGCCAAUGGCUACCGAUGAUAACCAACAAGCAAUUGCUCUUGAUGACAACAGUGCUCUGGUGAAAGUCCUCGAGGAUGAUCCUGCUGAUCAGAUCGACGACCCAGCAGACUCCGCGCCCGCCUUUGAACUUAUAAAUGAAGACGGCAACAAAGUGAGACUCGUUCACUCGUAUUAUGCCUCGGUGUUGGCUAAUCCUGUCGACGAGUACGUUUCCAUCGGCUAGACCAUAUCUUUUAAAGAUUUGUUUUUGUUAAAAAAAAGAAAAAAUAAGCGCUACUAGUAUUUAAUUGUACCGUCAUUAUAUUAAUUAGUGAAUGGUUAGAAUAGUUAACAAUUUGUAAAUAUUUAAGAUUUUUUAAAGUCAUGC